CACAACCACCACAACAACCACCAUAACCACCACAACCACCACCACAACAACCCCCACUACCACCACUACAACUACCACCACAACAACCACCACUACCACCACCACAACAACAACAACCACCACAACAACCACCACUACCACCACCACUACAACCACCACCACAACCACCACCACAAAAACCACCACAACCACCACCAGAACCACAACCACCACAACAACCACCACAACAACCCCCUACUCACAGCACUUGCCCCUACAGCCUGCUAGAGGCUACACGGGGGAUCUUUGUCUCUGUGUGUUCAUAGCUGCUGCUGCUCACAGCACUUGCCCCUACAGUCUGCUACUACAGGCUACACGGGCAUCUUUGUCUUUGCCUUCAUAGCUGCUGCUGCUGCUACUACAGCCUGCGCGAGGAGCUGCGUGGUCCGUGUGUGUACGCAUUCACCUGACCAAGUACUGAGACUAAAACGACUUCACCGUCUCCAGCAACGCCUUGGAGAAAGUCCUCGCCGGAGGGGUCAGAGGUCAGCGGUUCAGAGGUCACUCUGCCCGACUCCUCCGUCUCCUGCUGCCGACAUCGCGCGUGGGUUCACGAUGGCCAGCUGGAGACUGCUUCAAGCGCAGCUGCUGCUGCUGCUGCUGGGCGCAAGCGGUUGGCCUCGCGCAACCGGCUCCGAGUCCCCGGUGCGGCGGGAGCUGUCGUGCGAGGGUCGCCCCGUCGACCUGCGCUGCCCGGGCAGCUACGUCAUCGCUGUCAGCUCGGCCUUCUACGGCCGCACCGACGGACAGAUCUGCGAGUCCGAGGCGGCCAAGAUGCAGAACACGGCCUGCUUGCAGGUCGAGAGCUUCCACAUCGUGGCUCGGAGGUGCAACAACAGGACGUGGUGCCACGUCGUCGCUGGCAACGAGCUGUUUGCGGACCCCUGUCCCGGGACGUACAAGUACCUGGAGGUUUGGUACAAGUGCGUCCCCUACAGUGAGUACUUGCGGAUCUUCCCCUGCCCGGGCAGCAUCCGCCUUGUUGACGAGGCCUUGCACCUCCUGCAGGCGAAGCAGAAGGCCGGCUCGUGGUGCCGCGACCCGCUGCGUGCCGACGACAAGGUGUACUUCAUGCCGUGGUCGCCCCACCGCACCAAGAAGCUCGUGGAGUACGCCUCCCUCCAGGACAUGGCGGCCGGGCUGCCGCUCACCAACUACCAGCUGCCGCACCGAGUGGACGGCACGGGCUUUGUGGUGUACGACGGAGCCGUGUUCUUCAACAAGGAGCGAACGCGCAGAAUCGUCAAGUUCGACCUGGGCACGCGUGUCAAGAGCGGCGAGGCGGUCGUCCCCAACGCCAACUACUACGACACGUCGCCCUACCGCUGGGGCGGCAGGUCCGACAUGGACCUGGCGGCCGACGAGAACGGCCUGUGGGUCAUCUACGCCACGGAGCAGAACGAGGGGCGCGUGGUGGUGAGCCGCUUGAACCCGUACACGCUGCGCGUCGAGGCCUCCUUUGAGACGGCCUACGACAAACGCUCGGCCUCCGACGCCUUCAUGGCGUGCGGCGUCCUCUACGUCCUGCGCUCGACCUACGAGGACGACGGCGACGGAGGGGCCAACGGCACCGGCGGAGGAGGAGGAGAGGGGGGGACGAGCGACCGCAUCGACUACGUGUACGACACCAACUCGCGACGGGAUGCGCGCGUCGCCAUCCCGUUCCCCAACCCGUUCCAGUUCAUCGCGUCGGUGCAGUACAACCCGCGCGACGGCGCCCUCUACGUGUGGGACAACCACCACGUGCUGCGCUACACGCUGCACUUCGGCACGCGGGAUCCCACUGCAGUGCACGAGAUUUCGACGAUAGGGCCUUCCAGCGGAGGCAGCACCGCAAGUCCUCCGCGUAGCCACGUGGCAAUGGUGCCGCCCAUCCCUACGCAACUGCCUCAGGACACGACCGACGUGACACCGGGAGACGUGGCGCCCGCUGACGGUGGCCAGGGCAGCACCAGCGUGCCCACAUCCUGUCCCCCCACGCUCGCCCACGCCGUCCAGUGGCCCCAGCUGCUGCGGGGCAAGACGGCCGAGAGGCCCUGUCCUGCAGGCGCCGUCGGCACGGCGCUCUACACCUGCGAUGCCAUCACAGGAGCCUGGUCUGCACGAGGUCCCGAUUUAAGCAACUGCACUUCCACCUGGGUGAACCAAAUCGCGCAAUGGACGUCUGACCACUUCAGCCGCAGCUGCUGCUUCUGGAACUGCUCAUCUCACACCACGAGGGGCGACUGGUGGAGCUACGGCUGCGACAGCACGCACACCGACAGCACCACGCACACCACCUGCUCCUGCAGCCACCUCAACAACUUCGCUGUGCUCAUGGCGAGGAGCGACGUGGAGUACGGGCACCGCGCCCACGAGCUGCUGCUGCUGGUGAUCACGUGGGCGGGCGUGCUGGUGUCGCUCGUGUGCCUCGCCGUGGCCACCUUCACCUUCUGCUUCUUCAGCGGCCUCCAGAGUGACCGCAACACCGUCCACAAGAACCUGUGCCUCAGCCUGCUGCUUGCCCAGCUGCUGUUCCUUGUGGGCAUCAACAAGACUCAGUACACGGUGGCGUGCUCCGUGCUGGCGGCGCUGCUGCACCUGCUGUUCCUGGCGGCGUUUGCGUGGAUGUUCCUGGAGGGGCUGCAGCUCUACCUCAUGCUGGUGGAGGUGUUCGAGGGGCGCCGCUCGCGCCGCAAGUGCUUCUACCUGCUGGGCUACGGCCUGCCGCUCGCCCUCGUCGCCGCCUCCCUCGCCGUCGACUACACGGGCUACGGCACCGAGCGCGCCUGUUGGCUCAGGACUGACAAUCAUUUCAUCUGGAGUUUCCUUGCGCCCGUGGCCACCAUCAUCCUCGUGAACUCCGUGUUCCUGCUGAUGACUGUGUACAAGAUGGUGCAGCAUUCGGCGCCACUCACGCUCGAGAACAUCAAGUCCUGUGCGCUGGGCGUGGUGGCGCUGCUUUGCCUCCUGGGCGUCACCUGGGCCUUCGGGUUCCUCCUCGUCGACAAGGCCACUCUGGUCAUGGCCUACCUCUUCACCAUCUUCAACUCCUUCCAGGGCACGUUCAUCUUCAUCUUCCACUGUGCUCUGCAGAAAAAGGUGCUUAAGGAGUACAACAAGUGUGUAGGGCAUGCCGAGUGGUGCGGAUGCUGGGGAAACAACUUCUCAUACGCGUCACUCCAACGGCAAACGCUGCUCUCCCAACGUGCAGGUACGCUGACGUUGAGGGAAAACAAGUGA